AUGGGGGAGGGUCCGGGGGCGGCGCAGCUGCUGCUCCGCGCCUGCGACCGCGGGGACACGGCCGGGGCGCGCAGCCUGCUGGAGGGGGCCGGAGGGGCCGCCGACCUGGACUGCACCGACGAGGCGGGAAACGGGCCGCUGCAGCUGGCCGCCGCCGGGGGCUUCGAGCCGCUGCUGCGCUUCCUGCUGCGCCGCGGGGCCGCCGUCGACCGCCGCAACCACUACGGCUGGAGCCCGCUCAUGCAGGCCGCCAGGUUCGGGCACCUCGACGUGGUGCGCUUACUCUUGGAGAACGGGGCCGACGUCAACGCCCAGAACCGGCUGGGAGCCAGCGUGCUGGCGAUGGCGUCCCGGGGCGGCCACGCGGGCGUGGUGAAGCUGCUGCUGGAGACGGGGGCGUCGGUGGACGGCCACGACCCCUCCGCCGGCGCGGCCGGGGGUCGGCCGGUCCUCCCGGACGUGACCGCCCUGAUGACGGCGGCCCAGCACGGCCACGAGGCCGUCGUCCGGCUCCUGGCGGACUGGGGCGCCGAUUCCAAUUACAGCGCCGAGGCCGUGGGCUGGACCCCUCUGAUGCUGGCCGCCCAGAGCGGGCGGGUCGGCGUGGCCCAGCUGCUGGUGGACAAGGGCGCCGACCCCGACCGCGUCAACGUGCUCGACAAGACCCCCUUCGAAAUCGCCCUGGACUUCGAGCACAGAGACAUGGCGGACUACCUGGAUUCCCUGACCACGGUCCGACCCAAAACCGAUGAAGAGAAACGGCGGCCUGAUAUUUUUCACGCUUUGAAAAUGGGAAACUUUCAGCUCGUCAGAGAGAUUGCCGACGAAGACGCGAACCAGGUGAAUAUCAUCAAUGCCGACGGGGCCUCUCCUCUGAUGUUCGCCGCCGUCACGGGCCAGCUGACGCUCGUCCAGCUACUCGUGGAGAGAAAGGCGGAUAUCGACAAGCAGGACAACGUGCACGGCUGGACGGCGUUGAUGCAAGCCACCUACCACGGAAAUAAAGAAGUCGUCACGUAUUUGCUCGACCAAGGAGCUGACGUCAGUCUUCGAGCGAAAAAUGGAUAUACAGCCUUUGACCUAGUGAUGCUGCUCAAUGAUCCCGAUACGGAACUUGUGCGAUUGCUAGCAUCGGCCUGUAUGCAAGUCAACAGAGUCAAGGGCAAGCAGAAAUGCCGGUCGACUUUGUCUCGUUCCAGAAGCCGGCAGUCCUUAAGUGCCCCAAUAUUACCUGAUGACAAGGGAGGUUUGAAGUCGUGGUGGAACAGGAUGUCCAAUCGAUUCCGCAAGCUCAAGCUGACGCAGACGCUGCAUCGUGGCUUUUCCAGUACUCAGCCCGGACCCUUUCCCGGUGAGGCCGAGCCUGCCUUGGACUCCACGAUGAGAGCCUCCGAGGAGGAGGAGACGGGUCACUUCGCGAGCCCGGAUUCUGCUGUCCCUGCAACCACCAAAGGCAAAGAGAAUGGACCUAGUGCCUCGAGGGCCGACAAAGAAGACGCACUGCUGACCACCAUGUUACGAAACGGAGCUCCUUUCACCAGGCUCCCCAGCGACAAACUGAAAGCCGUCAUCCCCCCGUUCUUACCGCCUUCCAACUUUGAGCUCGGACACGCGGACCGGACGAGGGGCAACAGAGAGGGCGAGGCUGAGCCGAUGAAGGCGGCGUUGCCUCAGAGGGCGGCCAAGCCCCACCCGAGCAGCGGGGGAAACUCAGACGUGGCAUCUGUCAGUCGAGGAGCAAGGGCAGUUAAAUUUCCCACCGUUUCGAGAAGUCCAGCUUCCUCCUCCAAUUCAGGCAACUUCAACCCCUCCCCACAUUCUUCUGGGGGCUCCAACAGCAUCGGCGGAGUCAACAGGCACGGCGGCGAGCUGCAUAAUAGAUCAGGUGGCAGCGUAGAUAGCGUUUUGUCCCAAAUUGCAGCGCAGAGGAAGAAGGCAGCAGGAUUGUGUGAACAGAAAGCCAGUCUCCAGGAGAGUCCAGUCGGCCCGGCUCCUGGAUCCCACCUUCUUGACCUCCAGGAUCCCCAGGCCGCUGGCAGCCCCACCUCCCUCAAGCCUCAGAAGUUGGAGACAAACAGAAGACCCCGGUCUGGAACCUCGUCCACCUCCAAAAGCACGUCUCCAACCCUCACUCCGUCCCCGUCCCCGAAGGGACACAAGGCAGAGUCUUCAGUGUCCUCGUCGUCCUCUCAAAGGCAGUCCAAGAGCAGUGGUGGAUCUAGCAGCGGGACCGUCACCGAUGAUGAUGAAUUGACCGGAAUCCUCAAAAAGCUGUCCCUUGAGAAAUAUCAGCCCAUUUUUGAGGAGCAGGAGGUGGAUAUGGAAGCCUUCCUCACCCUUACCGACGGGGAUCUGAAAGAACUGGGGAUUAAGACCGAUGGAUCCAGGCAGCAAAUCCUGACAGCUAUUUCCGAACUGAACGCUGGCAAGGGACGCGAGAGACAGAUCUUACAGGAAACUAUUCACAACUUCCACUCUUCCUUUGAGAGUAGUGCCAGCAAUACCAGAUCUCCUGGAAACUUUCAAUCCCCAGCUUACUGGACGAGACCUCAGGAACCUGCCUCCAAUAAAAGAUAGCCGGGGCAUCCUGGCAGCAUUUAAGGACCCGAGGGAUGGGCAAGGAGCCCCGGACGCCCGGAUCAGCGCAGAGGGCAGAAACGGCAACACCACAGCUGACCGGCGCUAAGAGUCACCACAGACUGGCCGCUUUUGGGGGUGAGGAGGGGCAGACCUGGGGGCCGAAAAGGCCCAGGGACCGCAGACGUGGCUGGGAAGCCAGAGCCGGGAGUUAGAACCUCCCACCUUCGGGAAGGAAGAUUAUUCCUGACAAAUGCUGCCCCCUCAGAGCGAAACCUGGCAGGCGGUAAAGAGGGUUAACGGAUGUGAGGGCUCCGGUGAAUGAAAAAUGCUGUUGAGGUGUAUUCUAGGUGGAAGUCGAUCAGAUCAGAAGUUCAGAGGUGUUGAGGGGGUAUCCUCCUCCUUCAGUGUCUGAGUCCUGGCUAGUACUGGGCGAAUCUUAAAGUCACUCCCUUCUCCAGUGCCGGGCUACUCGGUCAUCCCUGGGAAGAUGGGUUCAGUUUCCAGUCCCCCCCGGCCAUCCGGGUUCUUCCCUACCUGUCAAGCUCGGGCCCUGGUUCAUCCCUGGGACCCCCGGGCCUACUGGAGAUCACCCUGAUUGCCUCCUGGGUCCCCUUCACUUACCCAUUCCCCCCAGACUCCUUAGAGCUCCCCUGGUCAGUCCUGGGCCGGGGGUCCAGCGGCCUCUGACACGGAAGCGUGGUUCACUCCCCUCAGAUCUGCCGGUCAUCGAGGAUCUCCGGGCCCUAUUGAUCGGGCGGGUACCUUUGCAGCAAACAGAGCAUCUUCCUCCAAUUUUGAGAAGCAGCAUGGCCUAGCGGCUACAGCACGGGCCUGGGAGUCAGAAGGACCUGGGUUCUAAU